AUGAACAACCUCCCUCUGGGCCCUUACCCUCCUGGCCCUAGCCAAUAUCAGCUUCCGGCCUAUGGCAUGCAACUCCAGCCUCCGACUAUGGCCUCUUAUCAGCAUACCCCGUCUCUUCAUUCGAUGAACUCUCCAUACUCGACUCCAGGACCAAACGGCCCACCCUCCAUUUCCUCAUCUCCAGAGCCCUUCUCUACUUCGUCGACUCUCGCCGAAGACCAACAGACCCAGGCCACCUCGACCUCACUUGGUACCUCCAUCGUGAACCAGACAGCCAGUACGGACAGUACCACGGACGAGGAGCACCUUGUCAUUUCUACGCUCUACGUCGACAAUCUCGCAAAGUCCUUCAGCCUCGACAAUCCUUUUCGUAACCACCUUCAGGACUUCGUCAGGCUUGCCUCCUUGCCCGACCAGUUUGGCAACCAGCUCAGUAAGGCAGACGUAGCAACCCGUCUCUAUACGCUCGCCGUUGUCUUAGGUGACAUCCUCGAGCGUAAGCGCCAGGCAGAGGCGAAUCAACAAGGGUUUGCGAAUGUCAAGGCCCUCUAUGCCGACCUGCAGCGUAGGUUGGAGAGCACGUUCAACUUCAAUGACGAGCAGUCUAAAAACUUGCGCAAGCUUGCAAAGGACCUUAUCUUCGAGGCCGAAAGGGCAUCAGUAAAGACACUGAAUCAUGAUGUGAAUCGAUACGCAAAGGCGAAUAGCGGCGAUAUGCAGCUAGACAAUGUUUAUGGUGUUCCUAGCCGCGAGACUGCGCUCAGUUCACACAUCCGCCGAAUCUGCUCAAGCGUGAGGAACGCCUUCCGUGUUGACCUGCAACAGAGUCUUUUCAGCAGAGACCCAAAGAAUCAACGGAACCUCGCGGGCUUUACUUAUUAUAUGGCCGAGAGGUACAAACGGGGUGGAGCGACUGAAGGCCUUGACCUUAAGUACACUUUGCGCAUUGCAUUGAUGCGUCGAUUUGCCAUGGAGCAUGCCGAUCUUCUCAACAUAUCCGAGAGUGACAGUUCCAAUCCUGGAGAUGGAGAACCCAGUCGCAAGCGCGCUCGAGGAGGAGGCAAGGUGCCGGAAGCAAAGGAUUUCUGGGCCCAGUUCGACAAGUGGUACGGUGCAAAGCUCGCUGCCUGGGGUAGCGAUCUGACAUCCUCUUCGUGGAAGGAGUAUAUCGACGAGACGAUUGCUCGCGAUAACUCUCUUUAUGACCCGGAGACCAAGGCCAAGCUUGCCGCCCAGUCGUCAGCUUCCAGCUCUAGCGGUUUCAACGGUGCCGGAUCGCGCAAUAUCCUCACUGGUCUUUAA